AAAACGUCUGGGCGAGACUUCCGGCGUUGUUCUCGUGGCGGACAUUUUGUUUGUUCUUGGAUGGAGCCGGCAGAGGAAAUCCUCUGAAGCGCUUUAUGGGCCCGAGGUGGCAGGAUCGGGUAGGCGCUGGAGGAGCUGUCUCCACUGCACAGAGGCGUCUCCGAGGCUAGGCGGUGGCGGUGUCUGCGGUGACCCCACUUCUGUGGACGUCUGUGUUCGGGUUCUGACUUGGUCUCCCGCCUCUUAAGACCCGGCGCUGCCACCACCGGCAGCCGCGGUGAUGGACCCGGCGCAGGGCUCUGUGAUCUUCGAGGAUGUGUUCGUGUACUUCUCCCAGGAGGAGUGGGGGCUCCUUGAUGAGGCUCAGAGACUCCUGUACUGCAGUGUGAUGCUGGAGAACUUUGCACUUAUAGCCUCACUGGGAAUUGCUUCUUCCAGAUCACACAUAGUCACUCAACUGGAGCAAGGAGAAGAGCCCUGGGUGCCUGACCAGGUGGAUAUGAUUCCAGCCCCAGCAAGAAAGGUCAAGAGAGGACCUGAUCCUGGCUGUUGGUGUGGAGUGCAUGAGAAGGAGGCACCUUCUGAGCAGAGUGUCUCUGUAGGAGUGUCACAGGUCAGGACUCCCAUGGCAGGUCCAGGUACCCAGAAGACCCACUACUGUGACAUAUGUGGUUUAGUACUGAAAGACAUUUUGCAUCAAGCCGAACACCAGGGAAGCAAAGCCAGGCAGAAACCAUACAUGUGCUGGGCAUGUGAGAAGCGAUUCUGGUUCAGUGCAAACCUUCCCCAGCACCAGAAGCAGCACAGUGGAGAGAAACUCUUCAGAAGUGAGGAGGGCAGGGACUCUGGGAAGAGCUGCAGAGUCUACAUGCCACAGGAGACCUACACAUACAGGGAGGGUGGGAAGGAGUUCUUGACCACCUGUGGGCUUCUUCAGCCCGAGGUCCCUCACAGUGAGGUGAAGCUCCACAAGAGCACUGAGUACGGGGGUACAUUUUGCACUGCGCAGAGGCAUUGCAAGUGCAGCAAAUGCUGGAAAGCCUUCAGCCCCAAAGACACACUUGUUCACCAUCAGAGAAUCCACAUCCUAGAUACGUCUUAUGAGUGCAGUGAAUGUGGGAAAUUCUUUAACUGCAACUCCAAUCUUGUCCGACACCAGAAGGUCCACACAGGAGCCAGGCCUUAUAUAUGCAGCAAAUGUGGAAAAGCCUUUAAUUGCAAAGACACACUUGUUCGGCAUCAGAGAAUCCACACUGAAGAGAGGCCUUAUGAGUGCAGUGAAUGUGGAAAAUUCUUUAGCCAAAGCUCUGACCUUUUUAAACACCAGACAGUUCACACUGGCGAAAGGCCUUAUGAAUGCAGUGACUGUGGGAAAUUCUUUAGACAAAUCUCUGGUCUUACGGAACACAGGCGAGUUCACACAGGUGAAAGGCUCUAUCAGUGUGGCAAAUGUGCGAAAUUGUUUAGUAGCAAGUCUAACCUCAUUCGACACCAGGAAGUUCACACAGGAGCAAGGCCCUAUGUCUGCAACGAAUGUGGGAAGGAGUUCAACCGCAAACACACACUUAUUCUACACCAGAGAAUUCAUACUGGAGAAAAGCCUUAUGUGUGCAGUGAAUGUAGGAAAGCCUUUAGCCAAAGCUCCCACCUUAUUGUACACUGGAGAACUCAUAGCCGUGACUAUGAGUGCAGCAAAUGUGGGAAAGCCUUUAGCUGCACCUCUAAACUCAUUCAGCACCAGAAAGUUCACUCUGGAGAAAAGCCUUAUGAGUGUAACAAAUGUGGGAAAGCCUUUACCCAAAGGCCAAAUCUUAUUCGGCACUGGAAAGUUCACACUGGAGAAAGGCCUUAUGUAUGCAGCGAAUGUGGGAAAGAGUUCAACCGCAAACACACACUUGUACUGCACCAGAAAAUUCACACUGGAGACAAGACUUGAGUGCAGCAAAUGUGGAAAAUCAUUUCACCAAAGCAACCACCUAAGAAAGGGCUUAGCAGUGCUGUCUCCCUGUUUAACAUAACAACUCACCCCACUCAGAGUGAAGCUCUGAGAGGCAUACUGCGGGGGAGGGCAUUAGUCAGAAGCGGAACCUCACACAUGAACAUCCACACUGGGAAGAUUCCUUGUGAGUACCAAGUAUGUGAGAUGUUCUCCGAAGUUUAGUUGUACUUUCUAAACCACCAAGGGCCUUUGCCAGGGUUAUGUGACUGCUGGUACCUGUGGCAGACACCAUCCUGUCUCUCCCACCUGGCCAAGUCCCACAGUGUGUGUCAGUCACCCCAGCAUGCUUAGGGUAGGCAGAUCCCUAUGCUCUCCCCCCAGUCCUAGAAGAACUCAUGAAUGGUCUCAUAGCACUUUGGAGGCCUUCAUUUCCUCCCUUCUGUUUGGCUUAGGCAUGGAAGUAAUCAGCUUUGUCCCAGAGGAUACAAGAUGAGCUCUGCAGCCGGCUUGCAGAGGUUUACCUACUUCAUGAACAUUUUUGAUUUCAUGUGACGCUCAUUACGGAUGUAUCUGGGUUCCAGUUACUCAGCCCUGGAACUACCUGCCUCCCAUUGCUCUUGUUUGUGCAAUAAUAAAGGCCUUAUUGUUUAAACCUUCUUUAAUCUUGUAGGUUCUGUUUAUUAUGUGGAGAGUGCUGCAAACAGAAUCGUGUUCUGCCAGCUCUUGUGGGAGUCCCCAGUUUUCUAUGCCUCAGAUGGGGGCACUUCAGUUUUGACCUAAUUUCCAUUGCUGCCCAAGGCCUAGGAAACGCUGCAGGGCUUUUUGAGACUGGCGUGGAUGCCAGAAUACAUGGCUGCCAGGAUAUUUGUGGGCCCAGAGGUAACCAUGAGGAGGGGAUAUAGAAACAUUUUGGUUUUAAGGCCUUUAGAAGUAGAAACCAACUGGGAAUUUGGCUUUUAAGCUGGGCCCCAAAAUAUGCGUUAGUAUUUCCUGAGCAAAGUGGGUGAAGUAUGUUUCAAAUGGAGAGAAAAAUGGCCUGGGAAUACCUUAAGUUCAGAAGAUGCACGUGGACUUCACAUAGUGAGAAACUUUAUAGUAAGAAACUUAAGCAACUUUCACACAAAUGAAGUAAAUAAUGGAAAUUAGCAAAUUGAUGCCAAAAAGUAAUUGCAGAAAGUAGAUAUGAUUUUUGGUAAUUCAGUAAUUCAUAUCCUUUAUGAUUCUGUAUCUUCCAUCUGGUUAAACUCAUUAAAUAGACGGAAGACACUAAAGUUUUGUUCCAAACACUCUCAGUGUAAGAAUGAGUACAAAAUCCAAAGUCUUCAUUCUCUAUCCUAAGUGUCUGCAUGGUUAUCCUUGUAUACUUUCAAUGAGUUUAUAUCAGCAAAAAAUAAAUACAAAGGCUCAGCUUGAAGAGAUAUUUAAGUUUGCCAGUGAAAUUGGUGUCACUUUGAAAAUCCCACAUGACUAUGAAUCAGCUGGUGUAAAAGCUGAGGAAUUUCGCUUGGAGUUUUACAUUUCAUUCCCACAUCUUUUUAGAAUCUAAAAUUAGCUCCAAUUUGCCAGAGUUUAAAGCAAGUUCUGCAUUGAUACUUGGGUUUUGACUCAAUCUAUUUUCAAGUGGGUUGUAGGUUCUCAGUAUGGUGGAGUAACGGGGUCUGAUUUACACUCCUGCCAUAAAUGAUAUAAAACUAGUCAAUAUACUUGGAGCCACUGCUUGGGAGGAACGCGCAGCAAGUGAGCUAGCAUUCCUCCUUGCCUCCUGCUAGGGAACUUCCCAAAGCAGCCCUGGGCAGAGAAGUUCAGAGGGCAGAGAGUGGAAGCAAAUGGGAUCAGAGCCCAGGGCCGCAGAGGCGGACGGACUCCUUACAGUGGCCUAAGAAGUGGGAUAUGCACAAAGAAAAAGUCUCAGAAGUCUACAUGGCGCGCCCUGGGUGUGUGGCAGGAAACGAAGGUGUGUGUGUGCAGGGGGAAACCCCACAAGGCCUGCUAGAGAAGGGCCGUGGGGGCUGAGAGCUGGUUGGAGGUUGCAGAGGCCACACUGAGCAAGGGACAACAGAAUCCUGACUUGCCAGAAGGGAGAGGUUUACCUGCGCAGCCAAGGCCUUCGGUGGAGACUCCAGAAAAACCACACCCAGUAGGAGUGACAAGUGAGUAGCAUAUGGGCUCCCUCCGUGAAGAGAUGAGAACCACGGCUAUAGUUUUAAGCCAAUGAAGGCGCAGAGACGGGCAUUUCCGUUCAUGUGCACCACCUCGGGGCAGGACUUGCGGCGUCAUUCUUGUGGCAUUCACCUUGCUUACCAGUUUGUUUGCUUGAGGCUCCAGAGCACGAGGUCCGAAAGAGGUGGCAGGACUGAGAAGGUAGAGGAGGAGGCAUUGUCACCACUGCACAGAAGUGGGUCUGAGAUUCGGCGGUGACCCCGCCUCCAGGCCUGGCUGGAGACUGAGGUACCUGG